GUUUCCUGGUGCAUUUUUCUAUUCCACCUUAGGAAACUUUCCCCCCCCCCUCCCCUCUUUUGGGUGCGUGCGGGCUGCGCUCCCCGCUCCGGGACCCCCUGCCGGCGCCGGGGGUGCGGGCCGCCCUGCAGCUGCAGCGGCCCGGCUCGGCGCGCCCAGGGCCGGGGGGCAGCAGGAGGACCCGCAAUCGGGGGAGGAAGGGGGGAGCCCGGCGCCCGCCCGCACCAUGCCCAGAGCCUUCCUGGUGAAGAGGCGAAGCCCGCAGCCGGCCAGCCGCAGCUGGGAUGAGCUGCCGGACGAGGAGCGAGCGGACACCUACAUCCCAGGGGGGAUAAGCUGCGUGCUGCUGAACUACCGCAUUGAAGACAGCUGCAGCUUGGAGAGCAAUGGCAGCAGCGCCACCAGCACAAGGGAGGCUGAGCGGAGUGAUCCCCCGACUCCUCAGCCAGCAGCCGAGAUCGGGAACGCAGAGGGGACCCUUCUGGACUUGGCCAUGAAGCGCCCAGUGGUCAGAUCGAAAAUCAAGUUCACGACUGGUACCUGCGACGAUGCGGCACUGCACAAUUGUGAGCUGUGCGGCAAAGGCUUUCGCUUGCAGAGAAUGCUCAACCGUCACGUGAAGUGUCACAGCCAAGUAAAGAGACACCUGUGCACCUUCUGUGGCAAAGGUUUCAAUGACACCUUUGAUCUGAAGAGACACGUAAGGACCCAUACAGGAAUUCGGCCUUACAAAUGUGAGAUCUGCAACAAGGCGUUUACCCAGCGAUGUUCUCUGGAAUCCCACCUUAAAAAGAUCCACGGGGUGCAGCAGCAAUAUGCGUACAAACAGCGGCGCGAUAAACUUUACGUCUGCGAAGAUUGCGGCUACACGGGCCCAACGCAAGAGGACUUGUAUCUGCAUGUCAAUAACGCUCACCCCGGGAGUGCUUUCCUCAAGAAAACCUCUAAAAAGCUGGCAGCAGUCUUACAGAAUAAACUCACCUCUGUCCUGCAGAGGAACCCGGAAGAUGAUGAGGAAGACGAGUAACGCAGUGGAUUACAGCGGUCACAUGCAAUGAAGUUUACAUGUCGGGUAUUUUUUCAAACACGAAAGGUAUCCGUGUAAUAGCAGGCAUCUUGUCCUUUUGGUGAUGACCGGCUGUGGAUGUUACAGCCUCAACGUGAAAGAAAUGUUCUCAGCUUAAUGCAAAUACAAGGCUUUUUUAAUCGUGAGAAUAAAAGGGAAAAUUUUGGAGCCAGCAUCGUCUGUGGAUAGAGCCCUGCACUGGUACUCGGGAGACUCCACGUUAGUUCCCAGCUCUGCCACUGGCCUGCUGUGUAACUUUGGGCAAGUCACUUAACAAUUCCAUGAUUCCGUUUUCCCAACUGUGUAAUGGAGAUAAUGACACUGAUCAGCUUUGUAAGGUGCUUUGAAAUCUGUGCGUGAAAAGUGCUAGAUAAGAGCUAGGUAUCCUUAAUAUUAUUCCCAGAUGAGAAUCUACAGUAAAAUGAAGUUAAGGAUGAGAGUAUAUAUCAUAAGGUAAGAAAUGCACAGUAAUACACUCAAACAACCUUAACUCUGCCCUGUAGUGAAAUCAUGCAGAAAUAGGGUGACGAGACAUCCCGAUAAAAUCGGGACCGUCCCGAUUUUUAGGUGUUUGUCCCGUGUCCCGACCAAUCUUUGGUUGGGACGCAAUUUGUCCCAAUAUUUUGCUCCCCCGGCAGUUUUUUUUUUGCUCUGCCGGCGGACCCCCUCCAUGUCCCGAUAUUUUCUUCCUCUCAUCUGGUCACCCUAUGCAGAUUAUGAUUAAGGUUGUUAGGAUUUGUAAUCCCAGGUUAGAAAAAAAUAAAAUUUAAAGAUGUUAGAAUUUUUUUUCAUAUCAUUCUCUCCCCCGCUCCCCCCACAGGCAUGAUUCCAGGGCAGAGUUAAGUUUUUUGGGUGCCUUGACUGUGCAUUUCUUACCUUAACAUAUUUGGAUUUCUUUUGAGUGUAACCUUUACUCUGAAUUGCCUGGUUUUUUAAUGCUUAGUUCUGAGAUCACUAUCACAUCCCUGUAGCAGUUAUUUAAUUACUGAGGCAUCUUUUCAACCUUAACUCCAUCUUAAUAUAUAUUUUUUUGUCUGGGAAUUUCCCUAGUUCUAAAAUAUUUUCAUAGAUGAACACUAAAUAAGAAACCCAAAGGGAAUGCUACCAGAUAUUUCUAAGGACUUGAAGAUACACAGCACCAACCUUCAAUCAUUUUUAAAAAAAUUAAACUUCCAAGGGUGGAUUCGCUGGGAUACCAAAGCAAUGCGAAGCAGCCAGAGGGCACUAGCCAGUUCACCUAGUUUUAGAACUACAUUGCAUCGCCAGAGCGGCACAAAUCAACCAAAGCUUACUGGUGAAUCUGGCCCUGAGUUUGCCACUGACCUAUUGGUUUAGAAGGCUGCGUUAGGGAGACCCCCACUCUGCUGUGUGGCGGGAGCAGGGAGAGAAAGACCCCAGGCCCGGAGUCCCAGUGUCUCUGCUUCCUCUUUGCUCCCGCUCUGGUUCCCUUGGCAGUGCUGGCCCAGUGUUCAAUGGAGCCAAGCAGCAGUGCAAACACUGAUGCCCAAACAAGUGUGCAGCCGCCGAAUGGAACCUUUGAAGAGCAAUGCCAGUUGGGCCAAGCCAUCCAUCAGUGAGAACUCCUGGCACGUGUCCAGUCUGCCUUGGUACCACUGAGUCAUUACAGCCAAUAGUACGCUUGCUUUCAAAUUAGCUGGCCAGGAAGGGUGGCGAUUGGUGCUCUACUCUGCUAAGAUCACUCAGGACAGAGAAAAGACUCAUGCCAACACUAAUUAAUUUCUUAAAGGACCCAGUUUGACUGCAUAAACCAAUGAAUGAAUUUACUUGUAAAUUAUCCAAAAACUCAUUCUGUACUCAGGGAGUGAGUGCUGGACGUUUGGGGAGGACACACUCUUAUUUUGUAUAUAAAACAGAGGUUGCAUCCCUGCUUUAAUGCAAAAUGGAACUCAGCCUGAAGUACGGAACUGAACUCAGCAGCACCUCCAUGGUUAAUAUAUGAAAAUGAUGUCAGAUUCUGGUUGUGUCUGUAAACUAAAUUUUCUUUGUUUGCCUCAGUCCUUGUACAGACAUCUGCGAGGGCUUUGGAGGGGAGGGAAAAAGCUUUUGGGUGUUCUUAAGCAUUUCUUAAUGAAGCAACUAUUUUAUGCAACAAGACUGAGGGUGCUUGGGGCCUUGAAAGAAUCUUAAUAAAGUGAAGCUUUGAUGUAACGAA